UACUUCCAAAAUUCCUUUUUCGUUUCUCUUCAAACCCUAAUCUCUUUAACUCACCAAUACCAAGUAAUUGCACUAAACCCGGUUUCCCAUUAGAGAAAAUCACCCUUUUAUUUCCUCUUCCACGUCCCAGCAGCAUUUGCUGCCACCUCUGGCUACUUCGAUCGGCACUAAUUACCCACUUUUCUUUUUCUUUUUCUUUUCAUUCUUAUAUAUAUAUAUAUAUUAUUAAAUACCUCUUUGGAUGCUAUCCCUUGGUUCUCUCUCCCAAUAAAUUUUUCUAUACAUAAAGGGAAAUUUAGUUUACUGGUGUGAUAUACAUAGCCCGGGUUUAAAGCAAGGAGUUGAGGAGGGAAUUAAAAGCUUUUUUUUGGGGGGUUCCAAGUGUUGCUUUCUUCUUGUGGUUUUUACUAGUUUGUUAUCUAGAGAGAGGAACUAUUUGGUUAUCUUUCUUGCUUGGUGUUCCUUCUAGGGGUUGGGGUUGGGGUUGAGGAGAGGUUGCUUAAAGCUUUUAAGCUUUGAAAGACAUGUCGAGCUGCAUUGAAGUUGUGCCUGAGCAACUCUGCUAUAUCCCUUGCAACUUUUGCAACAUAGUUCUUGCGGUGAGCGUGCCAUGCAGCAGUCUGUUUGAUAUAGUGACAGUCCGAUGCGGGCACUGCACCAAUCUAUGGUCCGUUAACAUGGCAGCCGCCGCAUCUCAGUCACUGUCAUGGCAAGAUAUUCAGGCACCCAAUAAUGCAAUAGAGGAUUAUAGGAGGGAUUUGGGUUCCUCAUCGAAAUGCAGCCACAACAAGUUGUCAAUGCGACCUCCUCUGCCUAACAAUGCGACUGAGGAAAGGGUAGUGAACCGACCUCCCGAGAAGAGGCAGCGAGUACCUUCUGCAUACAACCGCUUCAUUAAAGAGGAGAUUCAAAGGAUCAAGGCCAACAAUCCAGAUAUCAGCCACAGAGAAGCAUUCAGCACUGCUGCUAAGAAUUGGGCACACUUUCCUCAUAUCCAUUUUGGGCUGAUGCUGGAAACCAACAACCAAACUAAGAUGAAUAAUGGAAGUGGCUAAUUCUGUUUACGGAAAGUUUUGCAAAACUCAGCUUUGAUUAUCUUGCUUUAAGCAGGCCUAAGAAGCAUCUAAUGUGAAGCUGAAGAAAAAGAAGGGAAGGCAGUUUGAAGUGAGGAAAAGUGUUGAUCAAUGGUUUUAAGGAUAUAUCCUUAGUUUUAUUUGUCUUGGAUUGUUUGCUACUAAUUUUCUUUCAUCCUUUUCCAACUCAACAUAUAUAUUUCACCUCAUAUUUUUAUUAUAAUUUAUAUUAUAAGAGAAUGUAUGUUAUCUAUCA